AUGGCGCUCGAAGCCGCGGCGCGGCCGCUGUUGCGGAGCACGGACCCUCCACUUCUCCAUUCGGCAGUGCCGCAGCUCAGCCUCCACGCCCUGACGACCGUGCUGCACGCAAUCUACGUCGCGGGCGCCAGGCCUGCCACAGACGUCCUCUCCGACAUAGGACAGCAGCUCGUCGCGGUCCUGUCCGCACAGCCAGGAGGCGCCGCCGCAGCUGACGUUGCGCGCGCGGUUGAGCUCUGGGCGCUGAUAGGACAGCCGAUCACCGCGGCAAUGCACGCCGCGCUCGCGCCGGUCGCGCUCCGCCGCGACGCGGGCGCGCUGACCGGCCCGGACGCCGCGCGGCUGCUCAGCGCGCUGUCGCGCACCCGCGGGCGGGGCACGGACCCCCCCCCGCGCGCCCUCCUCGCCGCGCUGAGCGAGCGCACGCGCAGCGAAGCGCUCGCGAUGUCGCCCGACGACGCCGCCGCGGCCAUCUCCGCCCUCUCGGCCAUGCGCGCCGGCCAGCCCGCGCACUGCAUCGCCACGCGACAAACGCUGUCCGCGCUGAUGGACGCCAUGGUGCGGCCGCUGAUCGACGGCGGCAGCAGCGGACGCGUCGUGUCCCCGCGCGCGGCGUGCCGCGCGGUCGCGGCCGGGGCGGCCGUCCCGGCCCACGCGGCGCGCUCCUGGGAGGUGCGCCAGGUGGCGCUGCUGCUGUCCGAGGCGCUGGCGGCGCGCGAGACGUGGCGGACCGGCGUCGAGCAGCCGUCGCCGGGGCUCCUCGCGCGGACCGUCGCGGCGUACGCGGCCCUGCGCGGAACGGUGCGCGGCAGGGGAGGCGGGGGGGAGUUUCCCCGGCUGGACGGCGCGGCGCUGCGCGCGCUCGGCGCGGCGGUGUCCGCGGCGUGGCGCGAGAUGCAGCUCGAGGACCUCGCGCGCUGCGUGCAGCUGCUGGCGGACGCGGGGCUCCGCGCGGACGCGCAGCUGUGUGCGCAGCUCGCGCGGAGGACGGCGGCGGACCCCCCGGCGGCGCGCGUCGCGGCGUUCGGCGCGUGGAGCAACGCGAGCGCGCACGGCGCGAACGCCGCGGUGCGCGCACGCGCAGCAGCGGUCGCUUUGGGCGUCGCAGCGCAGUGUGCUUCUGACCCGCUGGCUGCGGAGCCGUCGACCGACGGCGCGGGCGCGCCCGGUGCGGACGCGCCGCGGCAGCCGUGCGCGACUGGAGCGAUGCAGCGCGCGCGGCAGGCGCUCGGUCUCGACGGCCCGACGACGAUAAACCCGGGCAGCGCUGGGACGGUCAUUCGGGAGGCGCUCGAUUCCGCGGGGCGCCGCAGCGUCCUCGCGGUCGGCGCGGACGAUGUGCUGCAGGGUCUCGCACGCGCGUUGGUGCGGUGUGGGCACGUCCUCGCGGCCAGGGACGUCGUCAGGGCGCUGCAGGGAUUCGCGGCACUGCAGCGGUGGGGCCGUGCGCUCCCGCAGGACGACCCGACGGUGGGGCUGCUGGCGCGGCGGCUGGUGGUGUGCGCUGGCGGGGCGGCGGCGGACCCGGCGAUGCCGGGGCUGGUCGGGGGGGGUGUCAGGGCUCUGUCUGACCUGGGAGUCCCCCUCGACGACGCUGUCGCGCAGGCGCUGCGGCGCGCCGCGGCGCCGGCGCAGCGGAAGGGGGUUUCGGGGCAGGGCAAGGAGCUGCGGCGGCGAGAGGGGCGGCCCGCGCAGCGGCGAAGAGCGUCACCGCCAGGCGCACAUAGCCCGCGGACAGGACCUGAGCGGUCGCGCGGGGCCGCGGUGGCGUAG